UGGAGGCUGCGGUCGCUCCCCAGCUCGCAGGUCACGUGGCCUGCCAGGGCGAGGGGGCUCCGCGCCGCAGGAAGCUCCCGCGCGCGCCCAAACGCGGCUGCGCCCGCUCCUCCGAGGCCUCAGGGUCCCGCGAUGGCUCCUCCGUGGGCGUGAGCCAGACAGCCGAGGCGACACCAGCAGCGGGCGGCCUUCAGCAGGGGACGGAGCUGAAGGUGUCCGCUGCGCACGAUCUGCUCAGCCCCCCUGGCAUCAUCACGACCGGAGUGCCCACCCCGGAGCUGUCUCCAGAGCGAGGGAGGAAGGAUUAGGAUCGCUGCAGCCGGCAGGCGGAGAGCCAUCGCAGGCCCCGGCGUAGCCUGGGGAGGGCCUGCAGCCCCGGCCGUGCGCUGUGGGCCCGCCGGCCUCGCUGCGGCCCGGCCCGGGGCGCGGACGGCUUCCUGCCGGAGGACUGCGGGGGCCACAGAAGGGCGUCCCCCGCGCGGCCAGGGCGGCAUCUGCGCAGGCAUGCCUGAGUGGCGCAGCGAGGGCGCCUCCCUGCCCCUCGCCCGCUUCCGCGGCGCCGCGAGGCCGACAGAAAGGCGGGAGCCCGGGGUAUGCUAGUCCAGGUUUGACUUGCACUAAUUUUGGCCUUCAGUCCAGGAUGGUUUGUUCUUGGGACCAGACCUGACCAGAAAUUGACCCCAUGAGCACUUCAGCCUCUCCAGCUGCCAUGCUCCUCCGGAGGCUGAGGCGGCUUUCCUGGGGCAGCACUGCUGUCCAGCUCUUCAUCUUAACGGUAGUGACCUUUGGUCUGCUGGCCCCCCUGGCCUGUCACCGGCUUCUGCACUCUUACUUCUACCUGCGCCACUGGCAUCUGAACCAAAUGAGCCAAGAGUUCCUGCAGCAAAGCUUGAAAGAGGGUGAAGCUGCCCUCCACUACUUUGAGGAGCUGCCCUCUGCCAACGGCUCAGUGCCUAUCGUCUGGCAGGCCACUCCCCGCCCCUGGCUGGUCAUCACCAUCAUCACUGUGGACAGGCAACCUGGCUUCCACUACGUCCUGCAGGUGGUGUCCCAGUUCCACCGGCUGCUUCAACAAUGCGGCCCCCAGUGCGAGGGGCACCAGCUCUUCCUGUGCAACGUGGAGCGGAGCGUGAGCCACUUCGAUGCCAAGCUGCUGUCCAAGUACGUCCCUGUGGCCAACCGCUACGAGGGCACGGAGGAUGACUACGGCGACGACCCUUCGACCAACUCGUUUGAGAAAGAGAAGCAGGACUAUGUCUACUGCCUGGAAUCCUCCCUGCAGACCUACAACCCAGACUACGUCCUGAUGGUGGAAGAUGACGCCGUUCCGGAAGAUCAGAUCUUCCCAGUCUUGGAGCACCUUCUGCGGGCUCGCUUCUCCGAGCCGCACCUCAGAGAUGCCCUUUAUCUAAAGCUGUAUCACCCCGAGAGGCUCCAGCACUACAUCAACCCAGAGCCCAUGCGGAUCCUGGAGUGGGUCGGCGUCGGCAUGUUGCUGGGGCCCUUACUAACCUGGAUAUACAUGCGGUUUGCCAGCCGCCCGGGGUUUAGCUGGCCUGUCAUGCUCUUCUUCUCCCUGUACAGCAUGGGCCUGGUGGAGCUGGUGGGCCGGCACUACUUCCUGGAGCUGCGGCGGCUGAGUCCUUCCCUGUACAGCGUGGUCCCUGCUUCAGAGUGUUGCACCCCGGCCAUGCUCUUCCCUGCCCCAGCGGCCCGCCGGACCCUCACCUACCUGUCCCAGGUGUACUGCCACAAGGGCUUUGGCAAGGACAUGGCGCUAUACUCACUGUUGAGGGCCAAGGGGGAGCGGGCCUAUGUGGUGGAGCCCAAUCUCGUGAAACACAUCGGGCUCUUCUCCAGCCUUCGGUACAACUUUCACCCCAGUCUGCUCUAGCCUGCCAAGAAAUGCCUUUCUGAAAUUGGCCACGUCUUGGAGAUUCAUCUGUGGAGCUCUUUAUUUGGACAUGUUGCUUGUAGAUAUUUCAUUGUUUUAAAGUUGCUAGGGGUGUGGGCACUGGGAUGGCUGAGGAACAUGCAAGCCAAGAACCUUGGCUUUGGUGACUCUGUGGCAAGAGUAAGCCGUUCACCGUGGAUGCAGACCUCUCACCCUCCACACAGCCACACUGCCUCAUGCAGUCUGACCCACCCAACAAGGGGCAUUUAAAUACCACUUAUAUUCUCCAAUUGUUUUUUGCUCUGCUUUGUGAUAGAGUUUGUGACUGCCAAAAAUAUUGUGCACAGUGAUACAACUGGUUUAGGAUUUUAAGGGUAGAAUUUGGUGAAAGGUGAGAUUCUUUUGCAAUGAUUUCUUUCUCAUUGGGAAUAAGAAUGGAUGUAUGUUUAGAAUAUAUAUCCCAAGAGGCACAGCCAUGUUGAUAGAUUAUAUUUGUUUCCUUGACCUGGAGUAAUAAAAGCCAAUAAAAGCUGCGCAGGGCCCAGCAUCUUGGAGGCAGGUGACCU